AUCGUUGAAGCCGACAUGACUCCUUUCAUCGCGUGCAUGAUGGUCGGUCUGGCAGGGCUCGCCCUGGCUGAGCCACCAGUAUCCUCCGGGUACAACUACAACAGACCCAUCGGAGGAGGAGGAGGCGGCGGUGGUGGUGGUGGCUUCUCCCACGGAGGUGGAGGUGGCGGCGGAGGUUACUCCCUAGGAGGAGGCGGUGGUGGAGGUGGUGGUUACACUCAAGUAUCACCCGGUGGUCAAACCAGCGAAGGUGCCUCCGUCGACGGAGCACUCCUCGAACAAAUCCGUCAAAUUCUCCUCAGAGAAGAGAGCCAAUCCGGAGGUGGUGGAUUCGGAGGCGGUGGCUUUGGAGGUGGUGGUGGUGGCGGAUACCCAGCACCCAGUAGCAGUUACGGCGCUCCAAGUUCCAGUUACGGAGUCCCAAGCUCAAGCUACGGUGUCCCAUCCAUCAGCAGUCGUGUCGUUGGAAUUGACCUCGAGGGCAUCAGACAAGCAAUCCAGAUCGCUCAAUUCAAUCAAAUCAGUCAAGGCUCCGGCGGCGGUUAUCCCAGCGGACCAAGUGGCGGCUAUCCCAGUGGUCCAAGUGGCGGUUAUCCAUCAUCCCGCCCAAGUGGUAGCUACGGUGCUCCAUUCUAAUUCCCAUCACAAAAUAAGCAGAGCACCUUCAACCAACGCGUCAUUCAAAAAACAACUUUCAAUCUCCAGAAUCCUAUAUUCCAAUCGCAUAAGAAUCUGGACCUGAUUACAACUCUUUGUCCCCGAAAAUGUCUCCACACAUCUCAUUCAAUAUUGAGGCUAUUUUUUAUCUUGAGAUGAAAUUUGAAAUUCAAAUAUACACCGCUACUUUGGGACAUUGAUUUGUUGAAGUAAAAAAGAAAGAAACAGUCGUAGCUUCAACAUGUCAGGACCAUAGUACCGCAACAUCAGGAGAAAUCAUUAUCAUCAUCAUCAUCAUGAAUUGUAAUCGGAGAAAUGUUGACGCGAUACAACACAAAGAUCUAUUCCUUUCAAUGGAGAAAGGGGGACAAAAAACCAUAUUAUGCAGGGAAUUUAAAUUCCCCUGCAAAGGAUCUCAACGAGAUCGACAGAUCGAUCAGCAAUAAAUUCAGCAUCGUUUUUGAAAAAAAAAACAAAAUAAAAUAAAAUAAAGCGGAGAAGGAGGAGAGGCGUUAAAGAAGAAGUAGAGGCCGUGAUUAACGCGAAAGCGUUCCCUUGUAAAUACUUUUACACUUACACAAAGAAAACACAAGAAAUAAUUUUUUUUAAGUAGCUCAUUCUGCAUUAUAGUCCCAAAGAAGAAAAUAAUUACGAUCCGAAAGCAAUUUUUUCUUUUCUUUAAAAUCUUCCAAGUUUAAAU